AUCACUUCCGGUGACGGAACCCGGAAGUAGGCGUAUCUGUUUGUGUGUAUGUGACGGCUGUUGUUGACAGUUCUGUACGUCACAUUAGUCUCAUACAAUCGCCCCAUGUGAAACCUUGAGAAAGACUAUAGCUUGUCAACUCACAGUACACUUCCAUUUUUUAUCAUUUAGCUAUUUCGUUUUGGUCUGAGUGAGUGUGUGUUCACUGUAUGUUUCGCGAUUUAGCGACUCGAAGCUAGCCCAUACUAGUCGGCCUAGUGAAGCGAAUUCACCAAAAGAUGUCUUUGUAUUUAAUUGCCUGACGUCGUUUGGGAGGAGACUAAAACAAGCAGAUGGCUGUGGAGCUGGAUGUGUUCGUGGGUAACACCACUAUCAUGGACGAGGAGGUUUAUCAGCUCUGGUUAGAUGGAUAUACAGUAAACGAUGCAGUGAAAGUUCGAAUGGAGGGCGGAGCACUGGACGAGUGCGAGGCAAACGCGGACGUGCUGUUGAGUGAUACCAUGGACCAGUAUAGAACUUUCCAGAUGUGCGAGCGUCUGCUGCACAGUCCAUCCAAACUGGCCAAUCAGCUGCUCUUCCAGAUCCCGCCUCAUCGCCAAGCCAUGCUUAUUGAGAGGUACUAUGAUUUUGAUGAUGCAUUUGUGCGUGAAGUCCUGGGCAAGAAACUUUCAAAAGGAACCAAGAAAGACUUGGAUGACAUCAGUGCCAAGACGGGCGUGACUCUGAAAAGCUGCAGACGACAGUUUGACAACUUCAAGCGUGUUUUUAAAGUGGUGGAAGAGCUAAAGGGCCCUCUAGUGGAGAACAUACGUCAACAUUUCCUUCUCUCUGACAAGCUUGGAAGGGAUUACGCGGCCAUUGUGUUCUUUGCCAACAAUCGCUUUGAGACGGGGAAGAGAAAGCUGCAGUAUCUCACGUUCCAGGAUUUUGCUUACUGUGCCGGGCAGCUUAUCGACCACUGGACAGUUGGAGCUGUUGGUGAGAGACUGACUCUGUUUGCUUGAGAUGAAAGGCGCCCCUGGAUUAAUUUAAGAAUCAGG